AUGCCCUUACGCCUGCGCCGACUCCAACCGAGGACCUCCCUUAGCGCGGUGUCCCGGGCCCUCCGAACGACCCCGAGCUGUUCCCGGCAGCGCGCAUUCCGUACGGCAUGCGCUUCCUCGACAAGCGUGGGGCGGAUAACCCGUUCGUUUCCCGGCCCCGAGCGCCGUAUCCGCGCGGCAUCGCACGUCGUGUUCCCUGCUGCGUUCGUCGCGGGACAGAGAAGACGAGCGUCAGUUGUGGCGGCAGAAGCGGUUGAGAAUACGAAUACCGAGGAUAUUGGCCCGAUACAAGAGUACGACCGGCGGGUCGCGAAUGGCCUCCUUCGAAACGACGAACAUCAGAGAGGGAUAAUACAGAGCCUGCAACACCUGCACGAAGAGUUACGCCACUAUCAUGCACCACCCGUCGUGCAGCCGACGAUCGAGUCCCUCAAACCUAGCAAAUCCCUCUUCUCGUGGUUCGGCAGCAAAACGCCCAUCCGGGCCAUCCCGAGCAACCUCCCGCGAGGGCUCUACCUCUACGGCGACGUGGGGUGCGGCAAGACGAUGCUGAUGGACCUCUUCUACGACACACUACCAGCGAGCGUACGGUCCAAGACACGCAUCCACUUCCACAACUUCAUGCAGAGCGUACACCAACGGCUGCACAAAAUGAAACUGCAGCACGGCGGCGACGUAGACUGCGUCCCAUUCGUCGCGGCUGAGAUCGCCGAGCAGGGCAACGUGCUCUGCUUCGACGAAUUCCAAUGCACCGACGUAGCCGACGCCAUGAUCCUGCGGCGGCUCCUCGAGUCACUCAUGUCGCACGGCGUCGUGCUCGUCACCACCUCCAACCGCCACCCAGACGAGCUCUACAAGAACGGCAUCCAGCGCGAAUCCUUCCUCCCCGCGAUCCACCUCCUCAAAACCCGCCUGCACGUCAUCAACCUCGACUCCACCACCGACUACCGCAAGAUCCCCCGUCCCCCCUCCGGCGUCUACCACACGCCCCUCGACGCCCACGCCGCCUCCCACGCCGAGAAAUGGUUCCGCUUCCUCGGCGACCCGGACACCCUUACCCCACACCAAGAGGUCCAGCGCGUCUGGGGGCGCGAGAUUGUCGUGCCCCGCGUGAGCGGCCGCUGCGCAUGGUUCACCUUUGACGAGCUGAUCGGGCGCGCCGCCGGCGCCGCCGACUACCUGGAGCUGAUGCGGUCGUACGACGCGUUUGUCGUGACCGAGGUGCCCGGGAUGACGUUCCGGCAGCGGGACCUGGCGCGCCGGUUUAUUACCUUUGUGGACGCCGUCUACGAGUCGCACGCGAAGCUGGUUUUGACGACCGCCGUGCCGCUGCAGGAGCUGUUUAUUUCGCGGGCAGAGAUGCGCGAGUCGUUGGCCGCGAGGCGGCGGCAGGAGCAGGCCGCACAGGCAAAGGGUGGUGGGGUGGCGGCGAAGGACGAUGAUGAUGGUGUGGAGGCGGCGCUAGACGAUGCCGCGGAUCAGAUGAUGGAUGACUUGGAGCAGAGCGCCGGGCAGCUGGCCAAGUCGAACCUGUUUAGUGGCGACGAGGAGGCGUUUGCGUUUGCGCGCGCGCUGUCGCGGCUGAGUCAUAUGGGCAGCAGGGAGUGGGUGGAGCGGGGGAUGGGCUUGGAGAGCCAGGGGGGCAAGCCGGAGCAUGAUAGCUGGGCUAAGACGCGGAGUCGGCAGAUGGAGGAUAGCAUGUGA